AUGGAGUGGGGCUCGUGGAAGGUUCGAGCCGGAGACAUCCGACCCGACGAGCUCCGCCUAAUUCCCGGCCUACCCGAUCACAUGGCUCUCACGAUUUCUGACAUUAAAAGAAGGCCAGCCGGAGGGGGUGGUCCGCCUAAACCGGGAGACCGGCCUCCGUGGGUCCCAGAGCUAGAAGGCUCCGUUGCUCUGAUGUUCAACACGUGUGACUUCCUGGAACGUCCGUUCAUCGAGUACAUGAAAACCCAGAUGGGGAUGCCAGUAUGGGGCGUGGGCCCACUCAUGCCGGAAACGUACUGGAAGCCGUCAGAUUCACUGCUCCUCCCUGAGCGCCCGAUGAAACCACACCACUGGCAGCAAUCAAACUACACCGAAGACGACGUCGCACGGUGGCUGGACUCAAAGCCCCGCGGGUCCGUGUUAUACGUGGCAUUCGGCAGCGAAGUGGGUCCCACAGUAGAAGUGUAUCCCCAUCUGGCCAGUGCAUUGGAGGAGUCGACCCGGCCGUUCAUCUGGGUCAUCCAAUCCGGGUCGGGUGACGAGUACUACCCAGAUGGGUUGAACAGCAAAGCGGGUGAGAGGGGUUUGAUAAUAUGUGGAUGGGCACCACAAGUGUUGAUACUGAGCCAUAAAUCAACAGGUGCGUUCUUAUCACACUGUGGGUGGAAUUCAACUGAAGAAGACUAA